UUCCUGUCUGUUGCCGGAGGGGUGGGGAGGGGCGGCGGAGGGGCCGGCCGCCAUGGCGGUCUCGGAGAGCCAGCUCAAGAAAAUGCUCGCCAAGUAUAAGUAUAGAGACCUAACUGUACAGGAGACAACCAGUGUUAUUACACAGUACAAGGACCUCAAACCUGUCAUGGAUUCAUAUGUUUUUAACGAUGGUUCCUCUAGGGAGUUGAUGAGCCUCAGUGGAACCAUUCCUGUGCCUUACAGAGGUAACACAUACAAUAUCCCAAUUUGCCUGUGGCUGUUGGACACCUACCCUUUCAACCCCCCAAUUUGUUUUGUUAAACCCACUAGCUCUAUGACAAUAAAAACUGGGAAGCAUGUUGAUGCAAAUGGAAAGAUAUAUCUUCCUUAUCUGCAUGAGUGGAAAUAUCCCCAGUCAGACUUGCUAGAACUGAUUCAGGUCAUGAUCGUUGUGUUUGGUGAGGAACCUCCAGUCUUUUCUCGGCCUACGGCUUCGUCAAGCUACCCACCAUACCAGGCCACAGGCCCACCAACUACUUCCUAUGUGCCAGGCAUUCCAGGUGGAAUAUCUACUUAUCCAGCAGGAAGCACUCCAAACCCAAGCAGCUACCCAAACUAUCCUUACCCAGGUGGUGUUCCAUUUCCAGCAACCACUAGUGUUCAGUACUACCCUUCUCAGCCUCCUGUGACUACUGUUGGACCCAGUAGAGAUGGAACUAUCAGUGAGGACACCAUUAGAGCUUCCCUCAUUUCGGCAGUCAGUGAUAAACUGAGAUGGCGGAUGAAAGAAGAAAUGGAUCGUGCACAAGCUGAGCUCAAUGCCUUGAAACGGACAGAAGAGGACCUGAAAAAAGGACACCAGAAACUGGAAGAGAUGGUAACUCGCCUGGAUCAGGAAGUGGCUGAAGUUGACAAAAACAUUGAACUUCUGAAGAAGAAGGAUGAGGAACUCAGUUCUGCCUUAGAGAAAAUGGAAAGUCAGUCAGAAAAUAAUGACAUAGAUGAAGUUAUUAUUCCUACAGCACCACUUUACAAGCAGAUCCUGAACUUAUAUGCAGAGGAAAAUGCAAUUGAAGACACCAUCUUCUAUCUUGGGGAAGCAUUGAGACGUGGAGUGAUAGAUCUAGAUGUCUUCCUAAAGCAUGUACGUCUUCUAUCUCGCAAGCAGUUCCAGCUGAGGGCAUUAAUGCAGAAAGCAAGGAAGACUGCUGGACUGAGUGAUCUCUACUAAAUUCUCAGACUUCAGCUGGGAAGUUAGAUUUCCUUAUGAAGCAGCCAUUCUCUUGAUAUUUCUCUUAAUCAGUAGGUGCCCAGAAUAAGUUAUUACAUCACUCAAGUGUAAGAUAUUUUGAAUCAAUAAUAUAUUUUCUUUUUGGUAAAGACUAGCUUUUAUUAAUGCACUUUCUAUCUCCUGUAAUCUUUGUGCUGGUGGACUUACGCUGAAUAAAACUUGUUGCAUAUUUUCUUCCUCUACA